AUGCAGUCUAAUUAUGUGUCGAGACUGGGUGGUGCAUUUAGACAGGGAAUCCAGAGAUCGCUUGUUGGGGAAGGGAGAGGACUUCAAUACUCGGUGGAUGGUCUGAUUGGCCAGGGGAAAUUGUUGUUCGGAAAAUCUAGGUUGCUCCAGUCUGUUCCAUUAGAUGAUCUGCAUGUAUUUUUGCGACCUGGAACGCUUGCUACAGCUCAGUCAAAUUUGCAUCUAGCAGAUCGAAAAAAGAAUCUUUUUGUUGUUGCAGCUGUUUCUCGGACUUUUUCUAUUCCAUCUGUUUCAGGGCCUUCUUUUCAGGUUUGUGGCUAUCACGUAGAUUGCCUGCUAUCAGAGCCUAAUCACUCUUUGGGAAUUGGCUCUCAGAAGUCACUUAUGGCUGUUUGUGGUUCUCGAGCUACUCUUUCCGACUCUUCAUUAAGUUGUUUAACUUCCAGGCAUGGACACCUCAGAGUUUCGACAAAUACCUCUGUUACUUGCUGUAAAUAUAAUUUUUUUGACAGUUGCAGCAAAGCCAGAAUGAGUCUAAGUAAUAAGGAACAACCCAACAAUUUUUUGGUCUAUGGAUAUUUCAUAUAUAAUGUCGCAAAGAGCAGAAGAUGGUCCAAUCCUUACCUUGGGUUUGGAUUUAAGGGUUUACCUAUCUCAUCACCUGCAUAUUUUUCUGCUGGGACUGCUCGUGAUGUGUCCUUCGACAAUUCUGCACGUGAGGAACAGACUGCAAGUUCUGCUGAUUCUUCUGACCAGAAGAUCCUAGCGGAUAGAACUCUGAAGCUACAUUCAGGAUCAUGUUACCUUCCCCAUCCUGACAAAGAAGAAACGGGUGGGGAGGAUGCCCACUUUAUAUGUGCGGAUGAGCAAGCCAUUGGUGUUGCCGAUGGCGUGGGUGGCUGGGCUGAUCUUGGUGUUAAUGCAGGGAUAUAUGCAAGAGAACUCAUGUCUAAUUCUGUAACUGCAAUUCAAGAAGAGCCUAAAGGUUCCAUUGAUCCUGCUAGGGUCCUGGAGAAAUCUCACUCAAUCACAAAAGCCAAAGGGUCAUCAACUGCUUGCAUCAUAGCACUCACGGGUCAGGGUCUCCAUGCCAUUAAUUUGGGGGAUAGUGGUUUUAUGGUUGUAAGAGAUGGAUGCACCAUAUUCCGAUCUCCUGUACAACAGCAUGAUUUCAAUUUCACUUUUCAAUUGGAGAGUGGUGAUGGUGGUGAUUUGCCAAGCUCUGGUCAG